AUGCAACAAUACAGAAUUUUACUGUUCAUAAUUGUAUGUAUUAUCACUAGUUCAUUGGAAAUAUGUGGACAACAAUAUGAAUGGCUUGGCGACUAUCAAUGGUCCGAUAACGAAUGUAAUAAAACACAAUGUUGUUGUCCACAUGGAACAUUAUCUGUCAUUGUUAAUGAGACAUCAAUUGGAUUUAUUUCAAAUUUGAGUGGUCGAGAUUGUGAAAAGGAAACUUUAAAUUUAUGGGCACCAUAUUCGACAGAUAUUACUGAAGUUUUAGGAAGAUUAUAUGGAUUCAUACUGAUAUAUUUAACCAUCAGUGAAAAUAGUAGCAUAAUUACAUUAACCAGAUUGGAUACAUCAAAUUGUAAUUUAAAAGCUAAAAAAAUACAUAAUUAUUCUACUGGUACUACUGUGGAGAUAACAAAAUUUCAAUCCCCUAUAUCAACGACUUCUGUAAUGCCGGCGAACUUCACCACAAUCUCUGUUAAGGUUAAGAGUAGCAGUAUAAUCAUUGCCGUUAUUGUUGUUUGCUCAAUAAUUGGUGCAUUGAUUGUGGGAGGAGUUUCUGUUCUUUUAAUACGUAGACGUCGUCGACAAUUAUUAUCAUGUCCCUCAUUUCUGCUACCGUCGUUUGAAAAUAUUGAAUUAUUGCCAAUGCUUUCUGAUCAUCGGUCGGAAAAUAAGGAACAGUUCACUGUCAUCUGGUUAGGUCUGGAGUCUAUUAAAAAUUCUGAUCGAAUACAACUGCGUUCGAUUAUUGAUUAUUUUCGAUCAUUUGAUGAUCCAAAAUCGUGCAAAAAUUAUAUUAAAACGACUGAGUAUGAAAGCGUUUUUCUCAUUGUUUCGAUAGAAUUCGCUGAAAACAUAGUCUCCGAUAUGUACGAUCUACACCAAGUACGAGCAAUUUACAUUUACAAUCCAUAUGAUAACUAUUUACCAUUUCAGUGGUCCUUGACACAAAUCAAAAUUAAAGGUGUAUUCAAAAUAUGGAAAAAUAUUUUUCGACAGUUAUCUGAUGAUGUCAGAAAUUCAAACUAUUUUCCUAUGACAAUUUUUGAACGAGUACCCGAAGAGAAAACAACGAAUGAAGUUCAUCGAUAUAAGAUUGAAUGGUUGUGGUUUCCCCUAUUUAUUGAUGCUCUUCUAGAAAUGACACCUGUUCACAAUGCUAAGGAAGUAUGUGUUGCUAAAUUUAAAAGUUACUACAAAGGAAAUACAGCUACCGAAAAAGCUUUGAAUGAAUUUAAUGAAACUUACAGUUCUAAUCGCGCAAUAUUAUGGUACACAAAAGAUACAUUUCUAUAUCGGGUACUGAAUAAAGCGCUUCGUCAUCAAGAUAUUGAAGCAAUUUUGCUGCUACAUUUUUUUAUAGUCGAUUUACAUAAUCAGCUUAAACAAGAAUAUGGAAAAAAGCUGUACAACGAACCGACUGAACUUUAUCGAGGACAAUUAAUGUCAAAGGAAGAAGUCGAAACAUUGAAGAAAGCGCGCUAUGAUCAUUUUAUAUAUAUAAAUAGUUUUUUUUCGACUACAUCAAACCGUGAUUUAGCCCUUAAUAUUUUUGCGGGAGCAGAUCAAGCUGGUAAUGAUGAGGGAAAACAAUCUGUACUAUUUGAACUGAAAAUUGAUAAAGAAACAACCAACAAAGUCUAUGCGAAUACUCAAUAUUUAAGUUCUGUACCCGAUGAAAAUGAAACAUUGUUUACUGUUGGUACUAUAUUUCAUAAAUAUGGUGAUGUUAGAUAUGACGAAGUUCAACAUGUUUCAUUUGUUCAACUACAACUGAUCAGUGACAAGGAGGCACAAGAUCUUUGUAGUGGCGGAUAUUUUACGAGUGAAUACGAUCGUAUUGGUAAUGCAACCUCAAUAUAUGCUCAAUUUAUUAAAGUUGGAUAUUUACUUCAAAACUACACACAAAAUAAUUUUGAUUCGGUGAAAAAGUACUAUACGCUACUCUAUCCAUUAUCACCGCUUCUCUGUCAUACAGGUUUAGGUUACGUCACCAGUGAAACUCGAGAAUUUGAUUUAGCGUGGGCACAUCAAGAGGAAGCAUUAAGAAUUUACAAGUCAUCGAAAGGGUUGCAUGAUUCACCUGAUAUUGAAUUUCUUAUUUAUGAUUGCUUGGGUCAAAGUUUUCGAAGAAGAAAAAUUUGGGAUUUAGCUUUAGAGUGUUAUACGAACAUAGCUCGAAUAGGUUUCAAUUUUUUUCUUCUUAAUCGUUCCGCUACACUACAUCGCUAUUUUGACAUUGCACAAGAGUGUGAACAAGGCGGUCAGACACAAUUAGCAAGUGACUUGCUGGCAAAAUUGAAACUAGCUGAUCCCAAUUAUUAUUCGAAAGUAAAAUUGGAUAAACCAAGAAAAACUAAGUUGAUCAGACGCAGUUUUACAUUGUUAUAUAGAUGGUGGCACUCGACAUAA